AUGAUUCUUUUUCUGAAUUUUCUUCUAAUUAGUGUGGUCACUCUUUCGUUCACAAGAACUCCGCGCCUUUCUUCUCCUUUUGGCCGACAUUUCCGUAUAGAAAAUCCACCGAAUCGAUUCAAAAAUUCUUUCAUUGACGUUUCAAAAUUCAAUUUCAGUGGUGAAUGUGCCGAUGUUUUUUCACAUCCACCAAACAGUGACAGAGAUUAUAUUGUUGGGUCUUAUGACUUUAGAAGCAGUUGUGUCCCUUCGAUGAUGUGGGACAGUUUAACUUUAGCCCGCUAUUCCAUGCGAAAUGCGCACAUCGUUUUACUCUUAUUUUCCUUUCCACCCCAAAAGUGUAAACACGACUUAACGCGUCUUGCAAAGUUAAAUAUUGAAUUACAAAAAGUCGAGAAAUCGUCUGAAGAAGACGCUGUUAUAGCGAGAUACACUUAUUACGACAAAUUUAUUGACGAAAAUUACAAGAACAUCUCCCGAAUAGUUUUCAUCGACCCUAGAGACGUCGCUUUCUUUAACGAUUUCUUCGCGACGUUCUCGGAAAAUGACAUCGGCUGGCUUAUCGAGUGUUUUGGACCCAAAGCUCCUGAAGACUGUUUUGGGCCAUAUUCGUUCAAACUGCAUGCCGAGUGGUUGGAACAAUUUUACUCGAAGGAAGUCGAAGACGAUUUUGUGAGGAGAAAACUUCCGGCGGUCAAUGGAGGGUUCGGGUAUGGCGGCGUCGAAAAGAUGAAAAAGGUACUUCAAAUUUAUCACGAAAAUGCAGACAAAACGAUUAAAUUGUGGGGGUACGACCAAGCACUUCUGAACGUGUUGUACUAUAACGGAAGUUUUGAUGAGGUGGGGAUGAAGGGUGUUAUUUGCGAGCAAAAGUUGUGUUAUAUCGGGCGGAAUUCAAUGGAAGUUAAAGACAAAGUCAUUUAUUAUAAUAAUACACAAUGUUCCCCUGUCGCUAUGCAUAAAUUUAAUGUUAAAUCAACUCAGUGGAAAUUGUGGUAA